AUGCCAGGAAAGAAGAAGUUUAUCACUUUUGUGGUUGGGAAUACUGGGACGUUUGAAGACGACUUUACAAUGCGUCUCACCCAAAGAGGCUUAACUAAAGGGAUGUCACUUCAGAAAAGUGAUGUCAUGCUGGCUUUCUGUCCCAUGGUCUCUAGUAUUGGGACUGAUAUUGAAGCAGCACUGCUGCAGAUUCCAGGUAAUUCAUUUAGGCAUCGGGACAGAAUCCUGAAUAUGUUCAGCACUUAAAUAUGUGGAAAGUAGAUUCCUUGAGUGAUUUAUUAUUGUAUUAUAUUAUAAUUGAAAUUUCAUCAAUGGCUAUUGACACACGUGUUUCCUUUUUGACAGCUGGUAAACCUGUCAUUCUUGUAGUGCUGCAUCACACCUUCAACUCAGACUACAUUGUAUCUGCCAGUAGCAGACUAGUGACCAGAGAUGAUGUACAGUGGCUUGCAUAACUAUUCAUCCCCCCAAAGUCAAUACUUUGUAGAGCCACCUUUUGCAGCAAUUACAGCUGCAAGUCUCUUGGGGUAUGUCUCUAUAGGCUUGGCACAUCUAGCCACUGUGAUUUUUGCCCAUUCUUCAAGGCAAAACUGCUCCAGCUCCUUCAAGUUGGAUGGGUUCUGCUGGUGUACAGCAAUCUUUAAGUCAUACCACAGAUUCUCAAUUGGAUUGAGGUCUGGGCUUUGACUAGACCAUUCCAAGACAUUUAAAUGUUUCCCCUUAAACCACUUGAGUGUUGCUUUAGCAGUGUACUUAGGGUCAUUGUCCUGCUGGAAGGUGAACCUCCGUCCCAGUCUCAAAUCUCUGGAAGACUGAAACAGGUUUCCCUCAAGAAUUUCCCUGUAUUUAGCGCCAUCCAUCGUUCCUUCAAUUCUGACCAGUUUCCAUGUCCCUGCCGAUGAAAAACAUCCCCACAACAUGAUGCUGCCACCACCAUGCUUCACUGGAUGGUGUUCUCGGGGUGAUGAGAGGUGUUGGGUUUGCGCCAGACAUAGCGUUUUCCUUGAUGGCCAAAAAGCUAAAUGUUAGUCUCAUCUGACCAGAGUACCUUCUUCCAUAUGUUUGGGGAGUCUCCCACAUGCCUUUUGGCGAACACCAAACGUGUUUGCUUAUUUAUUUCUUUAAGCAAUGGCUUUUUUCUGGCCACUCUUCUGUAUAUCCCAGCUCUGUGGAGUGUACAGCUUAAAGUGGUCCUAUGGACAGAUACUCCAAUCUCCGCUGUGGAGCUUUGCAGCUCCUUCAGGGUUAUCUUUGGUCUCUUUGUUGCCUCUCUGAUUAAUGCCCUCCUUGCCUGGUCUGUGAGUUUUGGUGGGCGGCCCUCUCUUGGCAGGUUUGUUGUUUCCAUUUUUUUAUAAUGGAUUUAAUGGUGCUCCGUGGGAUGUUCAAAGUUUCUGAUAUUGUUUUAUAACCCAACCCUGAUCUGUACUUCUCCACAUCUUUAUCCCUGACCUUUUUGGAGAGCUCCUUGGUCUUCAUGGUGCCGCUUGCUUUGUGGUGCCCCUUGGUUAGUGUUGUUGCAGACUCUGGGGCCUUUCAGAACAGGUGUAUAUAUACUGAGGCAUAUACACUUCUUACAGAACGAUUUCAUAGAAAUAUGCUUGGCCUUAUGGCAAUUAAACGUUUCCAAUUUAUACAUUAAUCUAUGAUAACUACACAGCUGUAGGAGGAGUGCCAGUUGUAAACAUUUCACAUCAUAUAUCAAUUUUCCAAUGUGAUAUUCUUGAAAAAUAAUAAAAGAACAUAGAGGACCAGUGAAUUGCUUUGUGUCAUCUUUCCCACCAACACCGACACAAAUUAUCUCAAAUUCAAAAGACAAAAUCUAACCUGUAAUCACAGUUACUGCUAGCUAGCUAUAAAGUUGUUCUUGCACAUGUUUUCUAUCUAAACAGGCAGUUAGCGUUCAUAAAAUGUUAAUUCAAAAUCAGAUGAGGCUGGGACCGGGAUUAGGUUAAACUCUGAGUUAGAGAUAAGGCUGGGGCUAGGGUUCACGGGCCUGCCCACCAGCUCCAAUACAAAUGCAUUAGUUUUGCAUUCGUAUGCAGAAAUGAAAGUUGCGUUAUUGGUCUGAAUGACUCGAUGAAUCUUGCAUACUCAAACAUAAUUGUUAUUUUUUUAAUUACAAUAACUUUGUUGUUGCACAGUAAUGGAGUUGAGUGGUUUAUGUUGUUACACAAGUGGAGUAAGGAACAAUACUUGUGUAAGAACUCCAUUACAAUGCAAUUACAAAGGAAUUACUAAAGUACUAGUUAUGUAACAACAUAAUACACUGUGAGGUUUUUAAUUUCACUGUGGUUUUUAAUUUCAAUUUCAUGUCUUUAUUUUCAAUUUCACUUGCUAUGUGAUUAUACUUUUGAAAUGUAUAUAUUUGUCACCCUAGUUGUGUGAGUGUCAGAAUUAUAACGUUGCUAACAGCCCCCCCCCCCCCCCCCCAGUCUAUGUUCAUAUUAGCCACUUUGAUCUAAAAUAUGGACAUUUCCUUUAUCUCUGUAGAACCAAGGAUUAAGAAAUUCUUCUCUGUUUUGACUGGGAAUACUCUCGGGUCUCAUGAGGAAUUAAUUGAUCGUCUCACUUCCAAAAGAGGCUUAACUAAAGUGACGUCACUAGAGGAGAGGGAUGUGACCCUGGCUUUCUGUCCCAUCGUCUCUCGUGCUGGGACUGAUAUUAAAGCAGCACUGCAGCAGAUCCCAGGUAAUCAAUAUUAAUGAAGCAUUUUUUUAUGCUAAUGAUUGACACUUUCAUUACACUUUCAUUUACUGUUUACAGUAGUUAAUACUCGAUACUAUUACCUAUUCUUGUCUGUCCCUCACUCUCUUGACAGCUGGUAAACCUGUCAUUCUGGUAGUGCUGCAUCACACCUUCGAUCCAGAGUGUGUUGUACCUGACAGUAGCAGACUAGUGACCAGAGGUGAUGUAAUACUCACAGUGGACUGUCUCUUCCAUGAGAGCAAGGGACUACUGGUGUGUCCACGCAAUAAGAAAGCGAUCAAAAAAAUUAGAGGGAGGAAAAACAAACAGCCAAAGGUAGUUUACUUUUAUUGUGUUUAAUGAUCAUGUUUGGUCAUACAUUACAUACAGGCCUGCAGUUGAAGUUAGUCUGUUUUGUCAACACAGAAUGAAACCACUUACAGAAGCCUCAUUAUGUAUAACUGUCAUACAUGGCUUUGUGUUUUUAUUCAAAAUGCAUUCACAGGUGAAUGAUGUCUCGAUAAUUACGAUAUGAUAUGUAUUUAUAUUUUACAGCUUUACUUUUACUUCUCAUCAAUCUGAUGAGAUGACCAACAAUUCUACAAUAUCUACAGUGAUAAUUGGCAUUUAAAGACUGGGUUUCCAGAUUAACACUGGUCCUGGACUAGAAAGCACUUUCAAUAGAUUCUCUAAUGAGCAUGCUUUUUAGUCCAGAAUUCUUAAUCUGGAUCUGGGAAAACAGCCCUAAGGGUUUUUAAUCACUUUCAUAGGUAAAUGAUACCAUGGAAAUUGCUGAGCCAAGGACAUUUGGGAUGGUACAGAUGUAGGAUCUUAAUUUGAGCCAGUUUGCUACAGCAGGAAAUGUGAAUUAUUAUGUGGAUUAUAAUUAAUGGACAUUUUUGUAGGGGUUGAUACAUUUUUCAAAGGGAAAAUCAAGUCUGAAAGCCUUUUUAAACCUAAAAUACACUACAAGUUCUCCUAGAACAUGAUGAUCAAAUUAAGAUCCUACACCUGUAUGUGUAUUCUCAUUUUACACUGUUUACUUUAAAUAUACAUAAAUAAUUGACCUCUCAUGGGCUUUGCAAAACGAGAUUGUGAGUAAUCAACUAAUAUAUUUUUAGGUAGGAGACUGAAGGGUUACAUGAGUGACAUGACAGAAUAGUCAUGUACUAGUAGUGUUUGUCAAAGUUCUUGGUCAAUAAAUACUUUCCAAAUAAGGUUGACCUAUAUACUCUCUUCUAAGGUGAGAAAAUUAACUAAGACACAGAAGAAGGCCAGUUGCUGCAGCAUUUCCUGAUGAAAGGUCCAAGAAAUGAGGAAUUGCACACUCACAUCUGAAGAUGAAAAGAUGACAAGACCAAUCUGUCUUUAGAAGUGUGUGAUGAUUGUGUGAGACAGUGUGAUCAGCAGUAAUACAUAAACAUCACUCUAAUUAUUGUAUGAUUCAAUAAUUCACACAUUGGCUUUUUGGAAGGGAUUCUGUGACAGUGACUGAUAAGCUAAAUGAAAUCAAUGGUAGGAAGUACAUUUUCCAGUAAUUUCUUGUUUUAAUGCAUAUUACUAUGUCUAUGAACAUAUUAUUAUACUACAAGCCUAUAUGUGUAAUAGUAUUGUAGCGACCCCUGUGUAAUGACCCAGUGUAAUGAAACAGGUAGAGAGUGCGGCCCGAACCCUCAACCUUCUGGCCCCUAGCCCCGCGGAAAUCGACUGUGCCACAAAAGCAUGCUCCAGUGGAUAUGCGAUCUCGGCUCUUAUAAACCAAGGUCGCUACAGUAUGUAGAAUAUAGUACGUUGCCUAAUGUUUGAGGGCGAUACCAAGAUAGUCUAACUAGGAAACAGGUGGCUGGAAUGUUAUCUAAAGAGGUUGAGAAACAAUGUCAAAGAGCAUGUCAGGGUCACCCAUCCCCUCUUGAGUUUACUGCACUCUAUGUCUAUAAUGCCAGGAAAGAAGAAGUUUAUCACUUUUGUGGUUGGGAAUACUGGGACGUUUGAAGACGACUUUACAAUGCGUCUCACCCAAAGAGGCUUAACUAAAGGGAUGUCACUUCAGAAAGUGAUGUCAUGCUGGCUUUCUGUCCCAUGGUCUCUAGUAUUGGGACUGAUAUUGAAGCAGCACUGCUGCAGAUUCCAG